AUGUAUUUUUUUUUGGUUCGGGGUAGAAGAGCAAACACAAUUAGAAAAACGAUAUUGACGCCAACAUUUAUUUUUUUUUAUUCUUCAUCUUUUUCCCAUGCUUACUUUCGGUUCACUAAUCCUCAGCACCAGCCCACGUUUUGCAGUAAACAAUAUGAAACACAAAAAGGAGCUCCACACCUAAACACACACUGA